UCUUACCUCUGCUCUGGUUCUCCUAGGAUGUCUUCGUCUAUUUAGUUCCCUUCGUCUCUGUCUCUCUCCGGCUGGGCUAGUCAAUUGCAGUAUGGCCGUUCAAUGACUCUCUGUCUCUCACUCUGGGGUUGGAUUCUUACGUUUGCGCAACCAUCAGCCUGCCGGCAUAUGAUUGGCCUGUCCAUCACUCUGACCGACUGAACAGGUUUGCUACCGGUUUAUAUGAACAGGGAGCCUUCCAGAGUAGUGUGCUGUCUUUCCGACUUCACCUGAACGUCAUCUGAACUUGAGCUGUCGAGGAGUUGGUGGUGACUGGGGCUGCUUUCUCUCCCUGUUUGUUAGCACAGCAACGUCUCAUUUCCCCGUCACGUCCAGGUAUAUAUCAAUUCACUGUCGGAUGGUGACUGCCCCUGCCUCAAACGACGCCCCUGGUUCUUGUCCCUCGUCACGGUAUUCACCUCCAGGCAGUGACGCCUCGAGGGACCUGCAUAAAGAUCCGCCAGCCAUGCUCGUUCUCCAGCAUAAUGCCAUCACACCAGCUUGGCGAAACCCAAUAAGCAACAAGAACUCUUUCUCAGCCAACAUCAGUCCUCUUUUCUCACCUCGCGCUGGCCCUGAACCCGAUCCCUUCAACAACGACACAAUGUCGGACUUCGCCAACGGCUCCAGUCCGGACAGUCCGUUUCCCUCAUCAGCCGCAACCUCCAACCCUUCCGAGAACAAUACAGAUCUUGACCCAGCCGACGACCUUCAUACGAAUGGAUCUGUCCUCGCCCCGAACGGCAUUGCUCAGUCUAUCUCUCCAGAAGUCGAUGCCGCCCUCGAACCCUAUGACCACCCAGGCUCCGAUCAUGUUAUUCAACUGUCCAGCAUUGAGCACUGCAUGCCUCGGUCGUACAUUCGCAUCUGUUUUGCGUAUCGCCUACCGAGCCCAGAAGUGCUCCCGGAGGUGGUGGAGAAGUUGAAUCACUUCGUCCGGAAGACUGUGGAUGCGAAGCCAUAUUUGAGUGGCUUUGUGGUAGCAGUGGACAAUCCAGGAAAUCGUCUGGGUGCAGUUGAGAUCCGAUUUUCUGAUACGGAUUUCCUUGAAUAUCCCAACGUUAGUGUGCGUGAAUUCAGCCGCGAAGAGUUCCCGUACACCUAUGACGAGAUCUGCGAACGCGGUCUCCCACCCAGCGUCAUCAAGCCUGAGCUUGUCUCGGCGCUAGGGGAAUCUGCUGAUGAGCACCGGGCCCCGGUUUUCAGAGUCCAGGCAAAUGUCGUGGAGGGAGGUAUCAUCGUGUCCGUCUACCUCCACCAUUGCAUCUCCGAUGGCACGGGCUUUGGCUUGCUCGCUUCGGGCAGCGUUCUGAAUGAUGACUUCACUUUUGACCGUCACUUGGACACUCGUGGUCAUGAUAUACCCAGCCUCUCAAUGAGACUGGACGCGUUCGCCACUCGCAAGAGUAUCGUCAGAAGAGAGCUAUCUUACCCUUUUGCCAACCAGAUCACCAAUCGUGAGUUGAAGUGGAAGACAGCCCAGCCGAUGCCUACAGAACAGGAAGCCAUCAAACCUCGGGGUCGUGGCUGCGUGUUUGCUUUUCCCUCGAGUAAGCUGGAAGAUCUGAAGCAAGGGCUCCAGGCUCAUGCUAGUGGCGCCUUCAUGACUCGACAUGACGCUUUGCUGACCUUGAUCUGGCAUGGAAUGACGAAGGCGAGGAUCCCUUCUGUGCCGGAGGUGACUACCUCGAAGCUUCUUAUUCCCGUCGACAUUCGCAAGAAGCUCAAGAAGCCUCUGUCAGAGUCCUACUUUGGGGCUGCGGUCGAUUUCGCCUCGGUGCAAAUGCCUCUUUGCCACUUGGCGGAUCACAGUAUCGCUUCUAUGACCGAGACGGCACUGGCAGUCCGCAAGGCCAUCAACUGCGUUGACGAGCCUUACAUCCGACAAGCGAUUGCCUUGGCAACAUAUCCCAAUCCGAAAAUCGACGUCCGAGAUUUGCAAGCGAGCAACAUGGACCGAACCGACGGCGCAGAUAUGUACAUCACGAGCUGGGAGAAGUUGAACAUUUACGAGUCGACGUUUGAGAUGGGCCUCGGUCGGCCAGAUUGGGUGCGGAAGCCCUGGAGUAAGGAUCCUGGCUCAUGCAUCAUCUUGCCGUACGACGACCGAAAGGACUACCUGGAGGCCGUCAUACAGAUGGCAGAAGCGGACAUGGCCCGAUUGCUGGAAGACGCAGACUUUAUGGGAUAUGUGACCAGAUGGAUUGAAUGAUAUGGCUGGAUGUCAGCAACUCGUUUUCGUUAUGGCGCAAGGGACUAAAAGGAGAUCGUGGAGUCACGAAGUAUGUUGGCGACCUGGGGGCUCGGGGGACUCGAAAAGCAUCUUGGGGGGUGAUGACAGUUUCUUGAGCAGGGAAAAUCUGGAAGGACAUCACCACUUACUUGGCGGGCUGGAAAGGCUGGAAAAUCACAUAAUGGAGGGCAAAGAACGGAAUGCGAGAAAUGUACAAUUACUCUCAAGCGUGGGACGCAUCGAACAUCGACCGGCAAGUGAGGAACUAGCUGAUGGGACUGAGGGCAACGAUAUGAUCUAGGAUGACCAAGACCGUUUCUGGCUGGAGGUUUAACGAAGUUUUUUUG